AUGGCUGACCAGCGACUGACGCACGGCGUGUCCGUGGCAGCUGUGCGGCGGUUUCUGGGUGAUCUGAAGCGCGAGUUCCCCGACACGUACACUGAGAUGACGACGGAGGAUGCUUGCAAGCAACUGGUUGUGCCACGCACGCGCCAGGACAACUGCGCCUACGUUGAGCAGCUGCGCAAGCAGUCGCCAGAGCACGUGAACAAGGCCACCGUCUUUGUGUCGCACGCAUGGCGGUACAAGAUCGCAGACGUGUUGAACGUGUUGCUCGAGUUUGCGGAAGAGCAAGCAAGGAAGGACGACGGCCAGCCCGUGUUCUUCUGGUUUGACCUCUUCAUGAACAACCAAAACGCCAACGUCACGGCCAACCUCCCACAAGAGUGGUGGAGCACGACGUUCAAGCAGUCCAUUGCCAACAUUGGCCAUGUGCUGCUGGUGCUCAUGCCGUGGCGAGACCCUGUUCCUUUGACACGCGCGUGGUGCCUGUGGGAGAUCUUCUGUGGCAUCAGCAACGAAAGCACAGAGGUCACCAUCCAACUACCCAACAGCGAAGAACAGGCGCUCGAAAACGCAAUUCGCGACAGCUACACAGCCGUCACAGACACGCUGGUGCGCGUGCAGGCAGAGCGAGCCGACGCCUUUAACCCCCACGACAAACACAUGAUCUUCACGGCGAUCGAGUCGUGGGCGGGUGGCUUCAGCGCAGUCAACCAGGCCGUGAAGGACCAGCUGCGCGCGUGGUGCCUGCAAAAGGCGGUGGGUGCCGUCGAAGCCAUGCGGGCACGAGGCGAGGACAGCACUGACGCAUAUGCGAGGCUGUGUGGCCAGGUUGCAACUGUGCUCAGCCAGUUUGGCGAGCACGAUCGCGCCAUUGCCUACUACGAGACAGCGCUGCCGCUUCACCUGAAAACCGAAGGGGAGAAAGGAAAGAACGUGGCGGCGUUGUACGGCAGUCUCGGCAACGCCUACGACAGCAAGGGCGAGCACAACAAGGCGAUUGCGUUUUACGAGAAGGCCCUCGCCAUCAAGGUGGAGACGCUGGGGGAGAAGCAUCCAAGCACAGCGAAGACGUACAACAACCUCGGUACCGCCUACUACAGCAAGGGCGACUACGACAAGACGGUUGCGUACUUCGAGAAGGCGCUCGCCGUCAUGGUGGAGACGCUUGGGGAGAAGCACCCGAGCACAGCAAAGACGUACAACAACCUCGGCAACGCCUACGGCGACAAGGGCGACUUCGACAAGGCGAUUGAGCUGUGUAAGAAGGCCCUCGCCAUCACGGUGGAGACGCUGGGCGAGAAGCACCCAAGCACGGCCGACACCCACAACAACCUCGGCAACGCCUACAAGGGCAAGGGCGACUACGACAGGGCGGUUGAGCUGUACGAGAAGGCGCUCGACAUCAAGGUGGAGACGGUGGGCGAAAAGCACCCAGGCACAGCACAGACGUACGGCAACAUCGGCAGCGUCUACCACAGCAAGGGCGACUACGACAAGGCGAUUGCGUACCAUGAGAAGGCCCUCGCCAUCUAUGUGGGGACGUUGGGCGAGAAGCACCUGAGCAUAGCUGAGACGUACAACAGCUUCGGUAUCGCCUACCACAGCAAGGGCGAGUUCGACAGGGCCAUCCACUACUACGACAAGGCCCUCGCCAUCAAGGUGGAGACAGUGGGGGAGAAGCACCCAAGCACUGCCGAUACCUACGGCAACCUCGGCAGCGCCUACCACAGCAAGGGCGACUACGACAGAGCCAUCCACUUCCACGAGAAGGACCUCGCCAUCACGGUGGAAGCGUUGGGCGAGAAGCACCCGAGCGUAGCCACAUCGUGCUUCAACAUUGGCCUGCUGCACGACACGCGCGGGGACAAGGAGCAGGCCUGCGCCUCCAUCCAACAGGCGCUCGACAUUUUCACAAGCACGCUUGGGCCAGACCACCCAAACACCCGCAAGGCAGAGCGCAAUCUGCGGCGCAUUCGUGGUGGUGCUGUGACCAGGCAGCACACAUCCACGCAACACGUGUCAGAGUCUCAACUUCAGCAGCAACACGUGCUUGCUCAUCGCAACCUUCUUCUUCGGUUCAUCUCUUCUGCUGUUGUGUACCAGGCGUUUGCUCCACAACGCAACUUGCUCAUGCGGUUUCUCGGUGCAGUUGCACAGGUUCACGCUGAGGCAAGACGCCCAGCAAACACAGGCAGCGACGGUGAGGACAAGAAGACAGGGACUGGGCACGGCUGUCCUCGUGGCUACUCUGCACCUGCAAGAGCGUUGUACAAGGACGCUUGCAAGUGCCCUGGUGAGCCACUGAUCGGCUGGUUGCGGAAGCGUGGGCGACGGAGGGCCGCCUUUCGCCCGUGCUGGUGCAAGCUUGACGACGACGGCCACCUCGCGUACGGCAAGUCCGCUUCAGGCACGGCCAAGCGGCGCAUCCCCCUUUCCAGCGUGCAGUCAGCUGAGCUCGCCCAUGGUGGCGAGGAGUUACACGUUGCUGUUCCCGGCCGCACCUUCGUCUUCCGCCUGCACGCGCACUCUGACACCUCGCUCGCUGACUGGUGCACCGCCAUCAACAGCCGGAUCAACGCCACCACUUGA